GCACAACGUUGUAGAGUAGAAUCCACGUCGUCGUUUCCCAAGCUUUUGCCUUUGCCUCCGACAGAAAAGGACCAAGACAAGAAACAGAGACCUGUGCCGAGACUCUAGUAAGAGAGCGAGAGGAAUCUCUGAUCCAAAUCUCUCCUGUAAAAUCUCUUUUCCCUAUCUCUCUUCGUUACCCAAUUCCCGCCAGACCACUUGAGUCCCAAAACUCUCUCUCCCUGCCAUUCGUCUGGAAAUUCAUCGAAAAUUACGGUUCGUUUUCUGAUCCUCAGCGCAAAGAUUACUCACUCCCGUUAUUCAACCUUUUUCAUUCCAUAUACAAAACCUCACAGUUUUUCCACAACCCAUAUUUCAAGUUCCUGUAAACCAACCUCGGUUGGUUGCAAUUUAGCCUCAACUUUAGAAUCCAAUUCUCGAGAUUUCAAUUCAUAAGCGCAAAAAUGGACGAAUUUGACGUCCUAACAGAGCGGUUCGGCUUGAAACCGCAAGGGAAAGCUGCUCCAAUGGCAGCGUCGAAGGAAUCAAAACUACCCACCAGCUCGAGCAAUUUCCAUAGCCGCAAUUUGGGAUUUGAUUCUGGCUUUAACCCCAACCCGUCCUCCUAUUCAUCCAGAUCUUCCUCGCUUUCAAAUACGAGAACCCAGAACUAUGGAGGAUUUGAUGAUUACGGUGAUUUAUUAUUCCGGGGACCCAAUAAGUCCACGAAGCAAUCUGAUACUUCAUUUGAUUACGAUUCCAUAUUUUCGAAUAAUUCUAGUGGGGGUCCUUCGUCGUUGCCUAUUUAUAAUGGUGACGAUAUAUUUGGAGGAAUGCCCGGGUUGAAGAGCUCCGUUUCUGCGAAUAAUGACGAUGUGUUUACGUCUUUUGCUUCGCCACCGAAACAGAGUGCUUCGAUCGAUGAUCUGUUGGGUAAUUUCGGUGGAGGAGAGGCAAGAUCGAAGAGUCGGAACCAGAAUGGAUCAGUGAAGAAUGAGAGUGAUUUCAAUGACUUGAUACCUGGGUUUGGUGGAAGCAGUACACCAAAUAGUGGGAGCAGGACUAGUCAGCCUCAGCAAUCACGUGUUCAUUCAACUAAAUCAACCUUUAUUUAUUCGGAAGAUCCUUUCACUGUAUUAGAAACAAUCUCAAAGCCAGCAUAUACCUCCUCAGAACUAUUCUCCGAUCCCCUUGAACUACUUAGUAGGCCGAAUAAAUCUGAGGGCACGAAACUUGGUGCUAUCCCUAUAUUGAGGCCCCCUCCAAAACCAAUGCAAGUUAUGAAUGCACAAAAAGUUAAAAGCUCUCACGCAUCUUCAAUUGACGAACUUGAGGACUUUGCCAUGAGUAGAGUGCGAAAUAAAGCCGGCAAACAAUCAGAUGUACGCACUAGUGAAAAGGCUGUAAAGACAUCAGACACCAAAUCUAGUUUGCAUAAUGAAGCUGAAUAUGCUUCAAGCCACAGUAUGCAGCAGGGUGGAGAUGAUCUAGAAUCCUUUUUCAGUGUAGGUUCUAGAUCAAACAGUGUACCAAGAUCAAGGGCUACUACUUUGGACACUCUAUUUGAUGCACCAGUUCACAAGAGAAGUCCUGAAGUGCCCCAGAGGAUGCCGUCUGAGGCCUCAGCCAGCAUAAAGAAGUCUUCUUCUGCACCAUUCAUGGUUGAUGACCUUUCUUCGAUGUUUGGAGCUGCUCCAUUAUUUGGAGAAUUUCAGGACGUUGAAGGAGAAAGUGAAGAAAGACGAAGAGCCAGAUUGGGCCGUCAUCAAAGGACUCAGGAUCGUGCGGCACAAGCAGUGGCUGAUAUGAACCAGCGUGACCUUCAAACACAGUGGGAGCAAGAAGAGAGGCGUAGGAUUGCUGAGACCGUGGACAUUCAAGUAAAGCGGUGGGCAGCAGGGAGGGAAGGCAAUAUGCGUGCAUUGUUAUCAUCAUUGCAAUCUGUGCUUUGGCCUGAAUGUGAUUGGCAGCCCGUGUCUCUGACAGAUAUGAUCACCUCUGCCUCAGUUAAAAAGGUUUAUAGAAAGGCGACACUAUUUAUCCAUCCUGAUAAGGUUCAGCAGAAAGGUGCAACUCUCAAGCAAAAAUAUACAGCAGAGAAAGUUUUUGAUAUCCUUAAGGAAGCUUGGAAGAAGUUCAGUGUGGAGGAACUUUCUUAGAUAUCGCUGGUGAUUUGUUCAUUUUGUGUUUUUGGAACAUAUUGGAUUUGCAGUUUCAAGUUCCCCUUUCACCAUGGAAGAGGCAGUGCUUUACCAGUGGAAUUGCUUUUCUGCCGGUUUUAAAAUACUGCCCCCGACUGCCGGAUGCCCGAUAAGGUAUACUUGAAUAUAAUGUAAGAUAAAUGUCUUUUGGGAAGUCAUGUAAAGUAAUGAAGUUUGUAGGAAAUUCAGAUUUUACAGGAUACAUCCCCCCCCCACCCCCCAAAAAAUAUGUUUACAGUGUUCACAAAGUUGUUGAUUUUGAAGUAUAAAUGUCACUUGUAUCCAGAUCUUUGGACAGCCCCUAAUUGGCCAUUGAGCUUAUGAUUUAUUUUGCUUA